UCAUUCCAUCGGGGUUGUCGGUGCCUGCUGAAGCAGCGGCAGCAGAAGCAGCAGCAGCAGCAGCAGGGGACUCACCAGCUGCUGCGGGAGGGUUCUGACCAGACAAUAAAGAGGUGAGAAUCUCAGACCGUGACGGAUCUCUUGUUGUGCAUCCCUCUCAUUUUCUGCCCUGUUGGCACCGUCUUCUGAAGUUUGUGAUCCAUUUGUCGGUGGCCGGGAAGCCAAGUUCCAUCGCCUUUGCCCGGAUGUCUCUCGGGCGGACGGUCAUUGGGUCACGGCCGGCCAUCCACCGCCGCAUCGGAUCCUCAAUCUGCGGGUACUUGGGCUGUCUGUUGCACUUCUUGUUCGGAUCGAUAAUCUGCUUGCCGUCCUUCCUUUCCUUCUUGAUGGUAUGGUACCACUGCCUGAAUUGCUCAUACUUGAGGCCCUUCUCCUUGGCGAACUUCCGCAUGCUGAUCUGCUCGCCGGAUUUUUGACGUGAAAUGAACUCGUCCACCAGCCGCUGCCGCUUGCCGAUAGUGAUCUCCGGUGCCCUCUCAGUGGACAACUGCAGGACACACAAACAAAGAGAGGCUAUGUGACGGGCAGUGAGUGAAUGGAUUGCUGGGAGGAUUCAGAGUCUUACGUCAGGGGCAUCUCCCGCAGUGGGCGCCAGCUGGGGAAUUUGGUAGGGCGGGUAGCCAUGGUGGGGGUGAGGAUACUGACUACACACAAGAGUACGAUCACAUCAACGAGUGGGCCUCUCUUGUUCGUUCUCUCACCUGAGGUGUCUGCUGAUGCAUGGAGGGGCUCGCUGUGGGGUGGCCGGGAUGGUCAUUGUCUCCAAAGAGGCAAGGCAGGCCAUCGGCUGGCUCGUCUAGUAGGCUCACAUGUCCCGAUGCCUGACUCCCACCGAAGCACUCAGCGUCCCCUACAGCCACCAGACAAUCGACGGUUGCAUCUUCGCCUGCACGGCAAUCGGAGCGCCUUGCGUGUCCGCUUACCUGAUGCGUAUCCGUCGGCUGCAGGGUCACUUCGUGAUUGCGGCUCUCUGGGAUGCGACUGAGUCCCCCAUCCGCCAGCGGCACUCCCAGACACAUAGCCGGGUGGCUGCAGCAAACACACACACACAGAGAAAGAGAGAGAGAGGUCAAGUGAUGCGAUCCAAGGACUGCCGAGUAUGCCCACCUGAUAAGAGCCGUAGUAAGGAGCUGCAGCUGCGGCAGCGCAACCACCAUCUGCCACCUGUGAGAAAAGGGUAAGGAACAGAGUCACAUCAGCACCACUGACUCCAUCGCUGCACACACCUGUGUGUGAGUAUCAUCAUCGUUAUGCUCCUCGGCCGAUUCGGUGGCAUCCGUGGCCUGGAGAGAAGCACACAGCACAUCAGCCAAAGAUCUGUGUGUGGCGGCACAGGACGUCACCUGUGGGUGAGAUCUGAACGAGUCGUCCAUCAG